AUGUCCCCUGAAGUUCCUGAUGUGGAAGGAAAGGUGAAGUCAAGUGACAGUCCAGUGGAGAGACAGGAUGCAGGCUCAGGCAAGGGAGAAUGCCUUGAGCCAAUGUCCAAGAGGCAAAGGAAGAAGCUGCUGAAGCAGAAACAGUGGGAAGAACAGAAAGAUCUGCGAAGGCAGAAACGAAAAGAGAAGCGGCAGAAGAGAAAGCUCGAGCGCCAGUCCAAACUGAGCUCUGACAGCGACGGGCAGGACAGGAAGCGCGUGCGGAGGGACGUUGUUCCCAGCACACUUCGACUCAUUGUGGACUGCAGCUUUGAUGACCUGAUGGUGCUAAAGAUGCUUGCUCACGGUAAAGCAUUUUAUGGUGGUCUGUCUGAAGGACUGUGUAAAACCAAAUUGUGUUGUAUACAGGACGUUAAGAAGCUCCACAAGCAGAUUCAGAGAUGUUAUGCAGAAAACCGCAAAGCGUUUCAUCCUGUGCAGUUUUACUUGACCAGCCAUGGGGGACAGUUGAAGAGCAACAUGAAUGAAAAUGACAAAGGAUGGGUGAACUGGAAGGAUAUCCAAAUCAGAACAGAGCACUACAGUGAGCUAAUAAAGAAGGAAGACCUGGUGUAUCUUACCUCAGAUUCCCCGGACAUUCUCAGUGAGCUUGAUGAGAAGAAGGCCUAUGUGAUUGGAGGACUGGUGGAUCACAAUCACCACAAGGGAAUUACUUACAAGAAAGCUGUAGAGCAGGGAGUUAGUCAUGCACAGCUCCCACUUGGAAACUUUGUCAAGAUGAACAGUCGGAAAGUCUUAGCUGUCAAUCAUG